AUGGACGCCGAAGCCCCCACCAACAAAGCAGUCACGGGCGAAAUCACGCAGGCCCGUGAGCCGUCCGUCUACGAGGAUGACCUCGACAAGCCCCAGGCGCCGGCGCGCAUGCAGACGCAGCGCCACCUGCGCUCAAGGCACGUGCAGCUCAUGGCCAUCGGCGGCGCCAUUGGCAUCGGUCUCUUCGUCGGCAUCGGCGUCACGCUUACACGCGCGGGCCCCAUCGCGCUGCUCGUCGGCUACAUCGUCUAUGGACUCGGAUACAUCUGGCCGCUGUGUCUGGCGGUGGGGGAGAUGACGGCUUGGUUGCCCAUCCGAGGCUCCAUCUUCGAGAUGGCGACCCGUUUCGUGCAUCCGAGUUUUGGCUUCGCGAUGGGCUGGACGUAUUUCUACAGCGCGACCAUGUUGGUGUGCACGGAAUACAGCGCCGUGGCGACGGUCAUGCAGUAUUGGAACACGUCUGUGAACCCGGCGGUGUGGAUUGCUAUGGCUAUGGUGGUCUGUCUGUUCUUGAAUCUCGUGGGUGUGAGGUGGUAUGGCGAGAGCGAGUUCGUCAUGUCGAGCACCAAGAUCCUGCUGCUUGUGGGCUUGAUGCUCGUCACUUUCAUUACCAUGUGUGGCGGCAACCCGAAUGGCGAUGCUUACGGCUUCCGCAACUGGGUUGACGGCAAUGCUUUCCGCGAAUACCACAGCUCAGGUGACCUCGGCCGCUUCCUCGCCUUCUUCGUCUCCUUCCGCUACGCCGUCUUCACCGUCGGCGGACCCGACUACAUCUCGCUGUCGGCCGGCGAGAUCCAGAACCCGCGCCGCGUGGUGCCGCGCGUGGCCAAACUCAUCGUCUGGCGCAUCGUCGGCUUCUACGUCUUGGGAGUAGCGUUCCUCGGCAUCAUCUGCAACUCGCAGGACCCGACACUCAUUUCCGCGAUCGAGGACUCGCGCCCGGGCGCCGCCGCCUCACCUUGGGUGGUCGGCAUCAAGAACGUCGGCAUCCACGGCUUCCUCCCGGGCCUGAUCAACUUCUUGAUCCUGUUGUCUGGCUGGUCGUGCGGCAACGCGUUCCUCUACACCAGCAGCCGCACGCUGUACUCGCUCGCUCAGGACGGACAGGCGCCCAAAGUGUUCCUGCGCUGCACCAAGCACGGCAUCCCGUGGGUGUGCGUCGUGGUGGUGUCUCUCAUCAGCUGCAUCACCUUCCUGGUCUCGUCCAACGCCGCGCUCGAGGUCUUCUUGUGGUUUGUGGAUCUGACGACGUCCGGCCUGAUCGUCAACCAGACUGCCAUGUUCUUAACUUUCUUAGGCUGGUAUCGGGCCCUCAAACGCCAGGGCAUCGACCGUCACGCCCUGCCGUAUCGGGCACCGUUGGCCCCGUACGUACAGAUCUUUGGCUUGAUCCUGGGUGUGCUGGGCAUCCUGUUUAUUGGAUUUGAUCGCUUUGCGCCGUUCACUGCCAGGGGCUUCAUCACGAGCUAUUUUGGCAUCUUUUGGGCCAUGGGCUUGUUCAUUUUCUGGACCGUGUUCAAGCGGACCAGGUUCGUCAACCCAGAGACAGCGGAUGUGUAUGGAGGUAAGGCGGAAAUUGACGCUGAGUGUCGGGUCUGGGAAGAGGGUGGGCUGGAAGAGAAUGAGAAGAGGAGAUUGGCUGGAAUGAAUGUCAUGAGGAGGACUUGGGAGAAGAUGUGGUGA